UCAGAAAUUCCAUUCCAACCCUCUCUUACUGCGCAGGUGCGUUACUAUGACCUUUGCCCCUCCAUGCGUGCACAGGUCUGGAAAACAAUCAAGAUGGCAGUCUCCGAGGUCUCCUGCAACAAGAUGUUUGGUGGUUUUCAGAAGGUGUUCUCUCACGAGAGCACCCAGCUGAAGUGUAAGAUGAACUUCGGUGUGUACCUGCCGCCCCAGGCAGAGUCCGGGAAGUGUCCGGUUCUGUACUGGCUGUCCGGGCUCACCUGUACCGAACAGAACUUCGUCACCAAGGCCUGCGCACAGCGGGCGGCUGCCGAGCAUGGCAUCAUCAUCAUCGCUCCCGACACCAGCCCUCGUGGUUGCAACAUUGAGGGAGAGGAGGACGGCUGGGACUUUGGUACAGGAGCAGGGUUCUAUGUGAACGCCACAGAAGACAAGUGGAAGACCAACUACAGGAUGUAUUCAUACGUUACUGAAGAGCUCCCUUCAGUGGUGAACAGCAGUUUCCCAGUGGACUCUGACAGGCAGUCUAUCUUUGGUCACAGCAUGGGUGGACAUGGUGCGCUGAUCUGCUAUCUGAAGAACCCAGGGAAAUACAGGUCGGUUUCAGCAUUUGCCCCCAUCUGCAACCCGAUAAACUGUCCCUGGGGACAGAAGGCAUUUUCUGGCUACCUGGGAAGUAACAAAGAAACCUGGAAGGAGUAUGAUGCUAGUGAGCUAGUGAAGAAAUACCAAGGGCCUCCAGUGGACAUACUCAUUGAUCAGGGCAAGGCUGAUAACUUCCUGCCUGCGGGCCAGCUGCUCCCUGACAACUUCGUAGCUGCCUGUAAGGAGAGUAAGGUGCCUGUGGUGCUGAGGAUGCAGGAGGGUUAUGACCACAGCUACUACUUUAUGGCCUCAUUCAUGGAUGACCACAUCAAGCACCAUGCAAAGCAUCUAAAGGCUUGAAGCACUCAUUGUCCGCUCAACACAAGACCACCAGGCUUCCUACAC